AUGAAUUCAGCUUAUUCACAGGACCGUGAUGACGAGAUCACCUCUGGGCAGACUACCCCUCGCGCCAAGUCAAUUCAUCACGAUGAUACAUCUAUGUAUACCCAGAAUACAAAUUUAUCUACAUUCAACCCAGAAGAACAAUCUCCGAGCGACACGGCAUUGAGCGUUUUCUAUGAUUUAGUUACUGAAUUUACCAGACGCAUUGAAGAAGCCCAUUCAAAGUCCAUGGAAGUAGACUGGAUCAGGGUAAUGCGCCAUUCCGGUAACGCUAGGUCUAACAAAGGCCCGAUAACGUCAGAGAAAUGUUGGGAGAUUUGGUACUCUGCUGGAAAGACUAUCAAGGAGUCAUCUGAAUCAGAUCGGACCGAUGACGAUAAGGAUAUUAUUGUACUCGGAGAAAGUGGAAAACAUCCAGAUAUCGAUAUGACGCUUUCAGAUGAUGAAGCUUGUCAAGCCGCUUUAGCUCAUCUGAAGAUGUUCGAAUGGAUUGAGAGGAGAGCAGGGUCUAAUUUGCCGGUGGAGGAAGCAAUGGGGGGAAAAGAAAAUAAUACUCGAAUGACGUAG